AUGGGGUGCGGAUCGUCCUCCCCAACAACCCCAGCACCUGUAAAAAACAGAGACAAAGGCGGUGUGCUCCAUACGUCAGAGGUAACAGAGGAGGAUUUUGAACAAACUGUGGCACAACCAACAAAAACAAUACCAUACAGUAAUGGGAUGACAAUACAAACUAAUAAUUCAAAAACAAAUCAUGUGCAAAACAAAUCAAAUGCUAAGCCUGAAAAAACCCAUAACUCGUCAUCUAGGAAUUGCCACGAUGAUGAUCUUUUGGUAGAAAACUUAGAGGAAGUAACAGGAAGCAGUGUAAUUCCAAAGCCAUCCAGGAAAAAGAAAUCACAAAUUAUUCCAAAUUCCGAGAUGUUUAAAGCAAUAGAUAGCCAUGUUGCAAGGACACCAGCCUCUGUAUGUAGUUCUAUCGCAACUCUCGCGGAGUAUCUCCUCAAGCCAGCACAUACACCGCUAGAAAGAGCAAGAGCUAUACACAAAUGGAUUACAACCAAUAUAAUGUAUGAUAUAGAUGGAUACAUGGGAAGAAGUGGAAAAAAGUCAUGUGAUUCUGCGGAUGUUUUGAAGAACCGAUCUAGCGUCUGUUCCGGAUAUAGCAAUCUCUUUGAAUCCUUGUGUCGAUGUGCUCAUAUACCUGUUAUGGUAAUUACUGGGUAUGGCAAAGGAUUCGGUCAUAAUGACAAGCAGGAAGUGGACAUCUCUAAUUUGAGCACCAACCACGCUUGGAAUGCCAUAUUUCUUGAAGGAGAAUGGCGGCUACUUGAUUGUACAUGGGAUGCCGGUUAUGUCGAUGGCAAGUCAUUUCACUGGCACAAACGGGAUUAUUACUUUCUUAUGGAUCCAGAGUAUUUCGUCAGCUCGCACCUGCCACUCCUAAACAAAGAUCUUGCAACUAGUGAACCCUGGCAACUACUGGAUAAACCAGUAGAUCCAAAAACAUUUUUCAAAUCAUUGAAACUAGAGGACGGCGCGGUAAAUCAUGGGAUAUUUCCUCUGUCUCAUAAAGAAACUGUGGUUCACGUUAAUGGAGAAACUUGUAUAGAAAUUCAGAAGUAUUUACCUGGAGAUAUUGUGGACACUUUGAUAUCAUUUGUAGACGACGAAAAUAACAAGGAAUACGAGCAAUGUGUGGCGACCGAGAGAUCCGGAAAUGAAGUUAUAAAAUUCCACGUGAGACCACCCAAACCUGGCAUUUACAGACUGAGCAUAUUUGUAAAUGCACCCAAAGAAGAGAAAAAAUGGCCACAACUUUUUAAAUACAUCAUAAACUGCACCAGCGCCCUAGAAAAUUUGGUUUUAUUUCCCAACCACCGACAAUUGUAUGGCCCAAAGCAUGGAUACACAGAAUUGGGAUUUGACAGAGGUAUAGAGGAGAAAUCAAUUUAUUCAACCAGUUCAGGAGAACUAGAGAUUAGUCUUCCAACCUUGAGACAAAUGUCCGUACUAUGUACGCUGGAGAGUCAGGACUCGUCUAAAAUACAGAACGCUGUAUUUCAACAAUCUACUGCAAACUCAAUUUCCUUAUCCGCCAGACUCCCUAAGACAGGAAACUAUAAGUUAAUUGUUUUUGCAUCGAAAGAAAAGGAAUACGUCGUAGCAAUCACCUUUAUGAUUCAAUGCACCAAUGUUCUCAAUGAUUUCAAGCCAUACCCAGUUGUAUAUGGAUCUACCUCUACAAAAUAUCAAGUCAUUCUUUACGAACCAAAAGUCAAAGGAAUACCAGCAAAUACCCCUGUUGUUUUCAAAUUUUCGUCCCCUGUUCUAAAAUCUGUACAAGUUGGAUCCAAAGUUUUCUUGAAAGCAAACGAUAGUGACGUAUGGGAAAUUACUUUUGACACCCCUGAUUCUGGGGUACAGGUGAAUUUGUUUGGAGGAGCUGAGGAACAAGGGAAAAGGGAUGGACUAUUUGGAUUUCUGACAGUGUAG